UCAGUUGCCUUCGGUCUAACGUCGCCCGGGAUCAGCGAGCGUGCCCAACUGCCUGUCCGCCCCAGCGCCAGGCGAGGGGCGACGCCUCGAGGUAAAAUCUAGGAGGUGCGGGAGGCUAACUCUGCGUAGGCCCUGUUGUCCGGGAGAAUCCUGAGGCUCUCGGCGGCGCGGGAGCGGAGGCGAUGGCGGAGGAGCAGGAAUGCGAUUUCAGGAAGUCAUGUGCCGACUCUGAGGCAGCGGCGGCUGCAGAACCUCUGGGAUCCCCUUCGGAGACCACCGCCGUCGCCGCAGAGUCGCCGGAGCUCGAGAACUACAGUAGCAAGUGCGUGUUCUGCCGGAUCGCGGCGCAGCAGGAUCCCAGCACUGAACUCCUGUACUGUGAGAAUGAAGACCUAGUUUGCUUCAAAGAUAUCAAGCCAGCAGCACCUCAUCAUUAUCUUGUGGUGCCAAAGAUGCAUAUUGGAAACUGCAGAUAUCUAAAGAAAGAUCAGAUAGAAUUGGUUGAGAACAUGGUAACUGUUGGAAAAACCAUUCUUCAAAGGAAUAAUUUCACUGACUUCAAAAAUACGAGAAUGGGUUUCCAUGUGCCACCAUUCAGUUCCAUUUCCCAUUUGCACCUUCAUGUUCUGGCACCAGCCGAUCAGCUUAGCUUCUUAUCAAAAUUGGUUUAUAAAGUGAAUUCCUAUUGGUUUAUCACAGCUGAUUAUUUGAUUGACAAACUAAGAACAUGAACAUGUCAACAGUGGAAGAUUUUCCUAAUUUUAGCUCAACAUAAACUAAUAUUCUGGUCUCUUUGAAGUCUAAUUACAAUUGGGUUUUAUGCAAAGCUAUUACUGGGUAGUCUUAAAUUGUUUCUUCAUGUUUUUUUCCUGAAAUCUGUGAUAUAGUUAUAUGAAUAUUUUGUCAUUGACUUUGUUUUAGUGGUUCCUUGUCUAAGGUAUAAGAUACUAUAGAUAAAAUCCCAUUAAAACAAAUUCUGUUAAUCAAGAAGGGCUCUGUAUUUUUUUAGAGUUCAAAUAUUUUUAUUUCUCAAUAGUCAAUUAUAAUAGUGAUUUAUUUAUGAAGAAUAAAUGUAUAAAAAGUACUUUGUUGGAGCCUUUAUUAUAUGAAGGAGAAAGAUAAAUUAUUUCUUGAUUGUUCUAUAAUUUUACACAUAAAAUUUCAAAAUAAAGAGUACCAUACUACACAGUGAUCUCUGAUUAUUGAUGGAAAGAACUGUAUAUGUGUCACUUUUUACUCAGGUUUCAGAUGCUGGCUUUCACUUCUUGCAUCCUAGCAUCUUUGUAAUAAAUUGAUCCUGGAGCUAUGUAAUAUAUAUAAAAUAAUUUCACUGUAACAGUGAAUUUGCUAUAACAAUCAAUUUGGCUAUCCAAGAAAAUUCAUUGUAAUGGAAUUUUACCUGUAAGAACAUAAAUUGGGAAGAACCAUAAGUGGUUACAUUAAUCUAUUAAAACUGGCAGAAACUGUUGCUUUAUGGCUUAUUAUACCAAAGGGAAAUUAGAAUUAAAAAGUGGUUAGACCUGUCUUUUAUCAUGAAAAAGUCCUGAUUUGAAAGUAGAGAUAGGUUGGAUGAGAAAAUCAAUUUUAAUAGCAACAUUAAUAUAUUGAUAAAUCAUUUCAUGAGACAUAUUUCUUUAGGAAUUGUCUUUUGGUGCUAAUCUACACCAACAAUAGUGAAUGUGAGUGAAAAAUAAGUACUGAAAGCUAAUCUUACAUUGUGCCAGUGUAUAACUCUACCAUGUACAUGAAUAUAAAUGAACAUAAGGAUUAAAGUAUUGAUCUUAGAAA